AUGCCCAAGGAUGUUCCUAGAGACCAGACCCAAACAUCUGACGCAAGAAACAAUGGCUAUACGACAGUAGGGUUGUGCGCAACUGACAGCACGGAUAAGGAAAUUAUACUAGCCCUUAAGAAUGAAACGAGACAGGCCGACAACAAACCUAGGACAGUAAGAAAGGAUGGGUGGGAAGAGAGCGUCAGACAAGGCUGGGAGAAGGGAACGGAUCAAAUGCUGCAACUCUGCAUUUGCCACAAAGCCUCAUCACCGCCCAGAUCUCAAUUUUCGUAUUUUAUCUAA